AUGUCUUUUAUUAAGCUUCUCCUAAUUCCAACCAGACUAUUCAAAAAAGAUGUUAUAACUUUCCUGAUCAUACGACGUCAUGAUUUAAAUAUAAUUGAUGAAAAACUAAGAUACAUUGCAGUAAAACCAACAGCCUCUAUAUCCCAAUUAAGACAAAAAGUUUGGCAUCUUCUCGAUUUACCUGAUUAUUGUGAAGAAAUUAUAAUUUUAAAAGCAGGAGAUCGAGAGUUACCCUUAACAGAUCUUCGUAAGGGUAAUGAUCCGCAGCAUCCAUACAUUUUAGAAGUUUGGCUACCAAGUAAACUGUCUUCCAUAAAUAUAAUAAAUAACAUGAUAACAAUGGGAGACACUUUAGAAAAAUCCGACAGUGUAUUUGAAGAAAAAAUGAAACGCGAAUGUAACGGAAAAGAUUUACAAGACGACCUUAUUACAAGAUUUGAAUUUAACUGUCGAUUCUUAAAUUUCUAUAUGUUAACAGCGCAUACUACAGUUAUUAACAAAGAAAUGCUCGUGAAUAAAUUUCGGUCAAUGGAAAAUCAAAAGAAAAUGAUGAACAGAGAAUGUGAAAAUAAAUUAGAUUUAUCUUGCAAAUUUUCAUCUUCGUCUCUGUUCUUUAAAAUUCACGGAAGAAAAAGCAGAGAUAAUUUCACAAAUAUUUUAUUGAAAAUACAAAACGAUCUAUCGACUUUAAGUAAUAAAUUGUCAGAUUUGGAAAGCAAGAUUCAGUUGUGAAUACAUAUACUGUAUUUGACAAAAUUAUUUGGAAGAUUUGAUAAAUAAAUAAACAAGAACUUCGGAAAAA